AAACGUGUACGCAUACAUCUACCCAAUUAACCACCUUUGCACUACCCGACCAGUCGAGAAAGUGGACACUUUCACGGGUUGCUCGAACGGGCAUGUCCGUCCGCAGGUUUUUUGGGUGGAAGUCACUCGAGGAGGACCUCGCAUCUGCCCCGGAACGCAUCGACGAUGCGGACAACGCAGACUCUGCCCAGGAUCCUGAUCCCUCGGAUGGAAUAAUCACUACCACGCAUAACGACAGCGACACCAAUACACUGGUUGAUUGGGACACGGCGCACGACGUCACGUGUCGACAACAGCAUUCAUUGAUGGCAACCCCGACACAAGUGGUCCUCGCCUUCCCUCACGGAGUCACGCCUCCACCAUCUGCCGAAGACUGUCUUUGGAAACCAUGCCACCGACGUACACUCCAACACGACGUGGUUUCUCGGUAUCGACUGCGGUAUCCAUCCCUAUCCACACCGGAUGCAUCCGACCCGGACUCGACCACGACAUCGUCGUCGUCCGCCACUACCCUCGGGCGGGCCGCCCGGUACCUGUACACGUCCCUGACGCAUACACUCGGGGCGACUCCUACCUCUGCAGAUCCGGUCUGGCUCCGUUACAAUCCCAACGACGAUUUUCUGUCGGGGUCUGAGCAAUCCUUUCCUUCGAAAGGACUCGAGGAGGACGUCCAUGAUAAUAAUCACGAGGCGCCCUUGCUUCAUCGAACGCUCGCGGUGGAAUGCCUCCACGUGUUUGUUAACGCACUCGCGCACGACUCGGACUCCAUUACGGUGAAGGUCGUCCAACGAUACGGGCACGAUCGCCAAGCGUGGCCCGGAUACCUCUCUACACGACUCGCACCGUCGCAUCUCUGGUGUGCUCAGCUGCCCGACGACCAAACUGAUUUUCUCCUCGAUUGUUUGGAAUUGAUGGGUCUUGUCCAAAUCCGGCAUCGGGAGUUGCAGCCCGAUUUGGUUAUCCUCCACGGCUCGGUCAACCGAAGCCACGGCAACGGCAACAACAAGAAGAGCGACAACAACAACAACAUUGACGCCGUCGCGGUUGCCGUUGCCCGUUUUGAUGUGCAACAGGCUCAAGCACGGGUGCAGGUGCAGAUUCAGUCCUGGACGACCCAAGCUGACGCUUGCACCGUCCGGGCCCGACAGGCCCAACGGAACGGCCGAAAGUCCCAGGCCUUGUGGGAAAUGAAGCGGCGUCACCUUUUCACGCAACAAAUCGAACGCCAGUACGGAAUCUUGCUCAAUUUGGAAACGGCACAACACGCCAUCGAGUCAGCCUCCCACCAGACCGCUGUUGUGGCGGCGUUGUCGCAGGCCUCGCACACACUCCGGCUAUUGCGCAUCACCGUGUCUAUGGGGGACGUCGACCGCGUUGCUGAUGAGUUGUUCGAAGAAUUGGAAGAAAUGCGGAUACGGGACGACGCGCUGGUGGAUUCAACGGCGACCGACACAAUGGAUGACGACGAAUUGUUGGAAGAAUUGGCCGCUUUGACGUUGCAGGAUGCGGUUCCGGGCGAAUCAAAUACGCCACUCGUCCCGGCUGUUCGAGACGCCUCUUCUAUCGAAAAUCAAGCGAACCGGAAGGUGAACAAGGAACCAACUACUAAGGCCGGGAUCACGGAAACUUUGGCGUCAUGCUAG